UCCUGUGCUUUGUUAUAGUGGUGUCAACAUGAAAGCCUCUAUUCGGUCAGCAGGAUCCUCAAAAAUCAUUAUCUUACCAAAGCUUAAAGUUUCCAAUGAAACAGUACCUGCUAAUGUAUCAGGAAAAAGUUUGUGGACCAGACCUGCUGGUUAUUACUACAAAGAUGCAUGGCAGGCUCUAGAUGGCACCAAGGUUCAUCAGUUCAAAAAUGCCAAAGCAAUAACUCAGUGCCUGAAAGGAAAGGAGGUCCACAUGUAUGGAGACUCCACCAUCAGACAGUGGUUUGAAUAUUUAAUUGCAAAAGUACCAGAUCUUAAGAAGUUUGACCAGAAAAAACCUCCAAAAACAGGACCCUUUCUGGCCUUGGAUUAUACAAACAACAUCUUAGUGACAUGCCGCUCCCAUGGUCCUCCCCUCCGUUCUCCUCUGAUGCUUGUCAGUCAAUUACACUUAGUUGCCAAUGAACUGGACAGCGUGGAUGGAGGCAACAACACUGUUGUAAUAAUUGGUGUCUAGGCUCACUUCAGCUCUUUUCCUGUUGAGGUCUACAUCCGACGUCUGCUGAGUAUAAGGAGAGCAGUCGUGCGGUUGUUGACCAGAGCUCCAGGUACCCUGGUAAUCAUUAGGACUGCUAAUCCUAAAAGGAUUACACUAGAGGAGUCAGUUACCACUGAUGAUUACUAUUUAUUACAGCGUGACAAGAUACUCAGGACAAUUUUUCAAAAAGUCAAUGUCCGACGGCUGGAUGCCUGGGAGAUGACCCAGGCCCACUACCUCCCACACAAUGUCCAUCCACCGCCUCCUAUAAUUAAAAACAUGAUCGAUGUUGUUUUGUCCUAUGUAUGCUUUCCCAAAACUGAAACUUGAAAUCAAAGUAAUAGAAAACUUUGUUAUCUGGUUAUUAGGGUAACUAUUGGUGAUUGACAACUCUUCCAGGUUGAUGUAAAACAAAUCAAAAAGUACACAGGUUGGAGUGAAUAAUUAACAAAAUUAGGAUUGGGUUAAGUGAAUUCAACAAUAUAGUCACACUUAAUAGAAAAUCCGGUACAAUAAGAUGUCUUGAAAGUCAUAGGGAAACGGCCGUUCCAAUUGUUGCAUUUUAAGAAUUCUCGCUAUUGGUGCACGACUUUACACGAGUGAAUAAAGUGAAUGUGAUUGGUCGAUUAUCAGGGGGCGGGAUUGUUGUGGCGGAAGGUUCGCAAGCAAGUUUGACUGUAGCCGGUUUGUCGGAAGCAUCUUGCUAACCAGUUAGCAACUUAGUGCUAGUAGGUUCCCAAUGGGAAAUUACAUUGGGACCAAGUAGCGCUAAAUUGGUGAUUUAGAAACAACACUAUCAAGGAACGCUAUGGACAGCUGAAACAUGCAAGAGGAGAGUUUAGUGUUGGAGGUCAUGGAUGAGUCUCCUCCGG